AUGUGGCACGAAGCGCGUAAACAGGAGAAGAAGAUACGCGGCAUGCUGGUGGACUAUCGGAAGCGGGCCGAGCGAAGGCAGGACUUCUACGAGCGCAUUAAGGCCGACCCGACGCAGUUCCUUCAAGUGCAUGGUCGCAAAUGCAAAAUCCACCUGGAUGCGAGCGUCGCGACAGCUGCCGAGAAUCCCGCGAUCAUGAUGCCAUGGCAAGGGCAGAAGGACAACCUUAUCGAUCGGUUCGAUGUGCGAGCCCACCUGGACUAUAUUGCGCCAGUGCCGCGUACGAAUCCGGACCAGGUCGAUCCGCCAAACGAGGACGACGCGGAAGAGCGCGCCAUGAACUACGAACGGUAUCGCGUGCUGGCACAGAACGAAUUCCUUGGCAUCGUUGAGGAGAAGUACCUCCACCAGCUGCACCUUGAGGAGCAGUUUGGUGUGAAUGCACAGCUCGAAGCGGAAGCGAAAGCUGCGGCUGUUGCGGCGAAAAAGAAAUCCGCAGCCGGAGCGGCAAUCGGGUACACGUACGAGGAAACAGAAACGGUUCCGGGUGGGUCCGUCUCGACCGCGGGCGGUGCAAGCGUACCAUUCGUCCAGUCGAUAACGGCCAUCGAAAAGUCAUCCGAAACGUCGGCGGCCGUGCAGAGCUCGAGUGGUGGUAGCGGGGCAGCACGGUUUGACGAAUGUAUGAAGGACGAGUCGGACUCCGACCUGGACAUGGACGUGUCGAUUGACAUCAACAAAAUUGGCACAAACCAGGCGCAUGAACUGAACGCUUGUGGCCGGCAGUACGGCAUGAAGAUCAACGAUUUCUACUCGUUCCUCACGAAGGACGCGGACGAGGCUGACGCACUGCGGAUGGCGCGCGAGGAAGAACAAGAAAAGAUCAUGUUCAGUGGGCGCAAGAGUCGUCGGGAGCGGCGGGCGCAACGCGAGCGUAAGGGUGCCGGUCGGCCACUCAGUCCGCCCAGUUACGCCGCCAAGGAGGAGCUAGUGCCGCGCACGUUCAUCGAGACGAACGAUAGUUCUCGAUCACCGUCACCGGUGAACUCGGGCAAAAUCACCUACAUUACCUCAUUCGGCGGGGAGGAGGAACUUCAGCCCCACGGGAAGAUAUCCUUCGCUAUCAACCGGGACAUGAGCACGUUGGGUGGGAUUGCCGGCACGUCGAAGGCGGCUCGUUUACGGGCGGGAAUUGCAGGCUCGGGAAUCGAUGCCAGCGGGACGAUGAGCUAUGCCGACAAGGUGAAACAAAACCUGGAGAAGCUGAAGGUAGAACAAUCGAAGGAAAGCGAUCGUAAGCCACCGGUUCAGUACCAGCGCGUGGCAAGUCGUGGGGGCCGUGGUCGCAGUAGUAGAAGUAGCAGCACCAGCAGCAGUCGCAGCCGCAGCAGAAGCCGACGACGUCGACGAAGUUCUAGCAGUCGUAGCCGGUCCCGUAGUCGAAGCCGUAGCAAAGGCCGCAGGCGACCCAGGGGCGCCACCGGUGGUCGAAGCCGAUCACGAUCACGUAGUGGCGGAGGUCGAAUCGGCCGGUCUACUUACUCUCGUCGUCGCAGGCGCUCAAAAUCGAACUAUCGCUCUCGAUCGCGGUCACGCUCUCGAUCAGGAUCCCGUUCGCGAUCACGAUCUCGAUCGCACACUCGUUCGAAAACCUCACACAGGAGUCCUCGGGGAAGGUACGCGUCUGGACAAACGUCGGGUCGUCGUAAGCAUUCACCAGCGCGUUCCUCAUCAUCCUCAUCUACCUCAUCACGGUCACGGUCACGGUCCAGGACGCCUGGCCAUCGUUCACCACUUUCACGGCUAAAACGCGCCGUGAUUCCUAAAACAAGCUCCCGCGAUUCGGAUAGCGACACUUCGCACGCAUCCAAAAAGGGCCGACCGUUGGCGGCAACAGUUACUACUCAGGAAAAAGUACCUCCAACAGUGCCGCAUGCGAUUAUAGGAGUGCUACCGCCUCCACCACCGCCACCAUUGCCCAUCGGUGUGUCAAUAGGGGGAAGCGCCGCAAGCACCGAAGAAAAGAAACCCAUCCCGUCGCUGGCGCUGAUCGAACCGGAGCCUGAGGUCCCGAUUAAGCGAUACUACGGUCGCAGGAGAGGCGACGAGAGCUCGAGCGACGAAGCCAGCACAUCCGGAGACGACACAAAUGGUGUCGACCGGAAGCCUCCACCCGGACUACUGACUGCAACGGAUCCGCCUUGUGAGGACGAAACCGCAGGCAUUACGUCGGCCGCGGGCAGUAAUGUGAAAUCCUCUGGCGGUGGAUUCGACCUGGGAAUGGUACAAAUCAAGCAGGAAAAGCUCGACCCUAGCGAGCGAGGAGACACGCCAAGCAGUGGAGCACCAAGCACCGGUGGCGUUAGUGACGCAUCGUUAAGGUUUGGUAAAACGGUCACUGGCGGCACCAGCGCGCCCGAAUCCAAAAUCGGAGUUGCGGCUAGUUCCGUUGGCAGCAGUGGCGGAACCUCGUCAAAGUCAAUUAACCCCCGGGAUCGCCUGAAGCGCAAGAUGCAAAUCCUGCUGAACAAACAAUACAAGGCGGACAAAAAAGCGGAGAACGAGAAAGUGGAGCGUCAGAUCCAGCAGCAGCAGGAACGUGAUGACGAGAUGCGCGAGCUAGCACUGAAGCUGAGGCGCCGGCAACGUGAGCUGCGUCACAAGUACGGCACACCCGAGAGUGAACACAGCAAAUCCCACAGCUCCGAGGAGCACAGCUCGGACGAGGGCCAACCACCGCCUGGGGAUGAUGCAGCUACGUCACCGCAACGGUCUUCGCAACAGUUGAUCGCACCGUUAGUGGCCGUUCCACCUCCAAAGAUGGCGCUGCAUUCGCGACCAACACCACCCUCACUGCACGCGAACGAAAUGGCGAGUUCCGGUGGGCAAGGAUACGGCAAUAGCAUCGUCAUCGAGCGGAAGCCCAUCCUCCGAAGUGCCUCCAAUUCGGGUGCCCUUUCGCAUCCACCACCGGCGCAAGGUCCUUUCGGUGGGGGUGACAUUAGACGGUUGCGGCGGCAAAAUUCUCCCCCACCGAGUGGUGGCGUUCCGUCGAGAGGUUACGGUGGUGCUGGCGGUGGGAUGCCACCGUCGAUGAACCUGCGCCGUGGUGGACGCGGUAUGACGUCACCGGGUCGGGGAACGGGUCAGUCGUUCGGUCGGUUUGACGAUUACAAUCGCAGGCGAUCGCCACCGGCGAGGUACGAUAGACCACGGUCAAAGUCCCGCGAACGGAUGCCCUCUCGCGACACUGGCCCCGGGACUGGUGGGUAUGGACGGGGAGGAGGACGGCGCGCGGAUUAUGGCCGCUCGCGUGACUACGAUCGGUACCAUGGUUACGCAGGUGGAAGUGGUAGCGGAACUGGUGGUGGUGGUGGCGGUGGAGGCGGAGGAUCAGGAUAUCAUUCGGGUUUCAGCGGUGGAAGCCGUUACCGUGGCCGAAGAUCGCGUUCUGGAUCACGCGGGCGUCGAUCACGAUCGACUGGCCGACAGGGUGGUUCACCGACGCGCCCAUCGAGGGGGAACGGUGGUUCCGGCGGAUCCGGGAACGUUCCUUCUUCCGGUCGAACGCAAUCGGAUCGUUCGCCGAAACCGUUAAAGAAAUUGGUGGACUACUGACAUUCAGCUGCCUUCGCCUUCGGCGGCGCCACCAUCGGGAAGUGGGACUGCGUUGUGUGUUAUGUCUUUCAUAUUUCCUUGUUUGUUCCUAUUUCUUAUGAAUCCCGAAACUUCUUACCUCAACAAUGUAGAACUGCUUACUAGGUUAUGUUCAUGAAACACACAUACCCAUUUGCCUCACAUUUUGGGUUUCAUUUAUCAUUUCUCGUUCAUGAUAGUGAGCCAAAUGCAAAUUGAGGUGUUUUAAAAUAUGUUUUCACAGAUGUGAUCAUGUGCAAUGGUUUAAGAAUCGAUCUUGGGGACAUUUUUUAAUCAGUUUCUCUUUUUACUUCUUAUUGUGUUCCCUGAGCGAUGUAAUAAAAUAAGAUGUGUACGAAGCCAUUUUUGAUAAGCUAAAGUAUUACUUCGCGUUUACAAGGUAUUUUACCGGUUUCAUUGUCGUGUAACUCUCGAGAGUGAGCUUUCCGCUCAAAACAAAAAUGUCUCUAAUAUCGGUCCUUACACCGUUGAAAACAGAUGAAAAACUCCUGGAUUUGCGUUUGCUCAUUGUCGUUAGACUACAUGCAGCAGACCAUUUAUUCUGGUUACAUCUACAGUUAGUGCGCUCUUGGGGAGCUAUCAUUGCGGAAAUGAAAGUUCUUACGAGACGGGUUUCGUUUUGUCGACGAUAAGAAGACUGCACAUAAAUUUCACCGCCAAUAAAUAUGGUA